UGAGACUCCUACGUGCAAUAUUUCUAAAGCAUCCGGUAUGGGAAAAGUAUUACAAAAAUGUAAACUAAUUGUUUGGGAUGAAUGCACAAUGGCACAUAAAAAAUCGCUCGAAGCUCUUGAUCGAUCAUUACGAGACUUGCGUGGAAACGUUCAACCAUUCGGGAAUGCAUUGAUAUUGCUCGCAGGAGAUUUUAGGCAAACAUUGCCUGUAAUUUCUCGAUCGACACCAGCAGACGAAAUUAAUGCUUGCCUGAAAUAUUCAACACUAUGGCGGCACGUACAUACAUUGGAGUUGACUACGAAUAUGCGUGUCCAGUUGCAGAAUGAUCCAUCAGCUGAGGUAUUCUCACGACAGUUACUGGAAAUUGGAAACGGUCAGCUGCCAGUCGAUGAGACGUCUAGACAAAUAUCACUUCCCGAUAAUUUUUGUAAUUUAGUUACAUCAAAAGAAGAACUGAUCGAAAAAGUAUUUCCUGACAUUCAGAUAAAUCAUAGAAAUCAUGAUUGGCUCAGUGAACGAGCUAUCCUUGCCGCAAAGAAUAAAGAUGUCUAUCAACUUAAUAAUGUUAUACAAUCCAGUAUUCAAAGUGAUGAAACUACAUAUAAGUCGAUAGACACUGUUGUGGAAGCUGAUGAAGUAGUUAAUUAUCCAACAGAAUUUCUAAACUCACUUGAUCUGCCAGGGAUACCACCACACAUAUUGAAAUUGAAAGUAGGUGUGCCAAUUAUCCUCUUGCGGAAUAUUAAUCAGCCAAAACUCUGCAACGGCACGCGACUUGCAGUUAAGAGAUUAAUGAAUAAUGUAGUGGAAGCAACGAUUUUAACAGGGCCUUUCAAAGGUGAAGAUGUCCUCAUUCCUCGAAUACCCACGAUCCCGACCGAUACACCAUUUCAAUUUAAAAGAUUGCAAUUCCCAAUUCGAUUGGCAUUUGCAAUCACAAUCAACAAAGCUCAAGGUCAAUCUUUAGAAUUGUGUGGUCUAGAUUUAGAUGUGGAUUGCUUUUCACAUGGACAACUGUAUGUUGCGUGUUCCCGAGUCGGCAAACCAGAUAGUCUUUAUAUUUACGCAGACAGUGGAAAAACAAAAAAUAUUGUAUAUAAACAAGUAUUGCAAAAUUAAACUUAUAUGAAAUGUA